AUGGCCGAAGAAGAAGGAGAGGCGGCAUCACCGCAAAAAAUGGACUCAGAAGCAAUCAAUCUCAGCGAGUUCCAAGAGAAGGGUCCCUUGGUUAUGCAGGCUAGAAUGAAAGGGCGAAUAAAGCAUGCACUCGACGACGACAAAUCAUUCAGUUUGAAAGAGGUUCAAUUCUAUCCACAGUACAACGAGAUCUGUAUUAUUGGUUCAGAUAUAGAACAGCUGGAAGGCAUGUCACAGCUUUCUAUGCUCUCUGGAGAAAAAUCUGCAGAACUUGCUAAGGGAGCAAGAAAGGGCGCUUAUCCAACAAUGGCAGGAGAGGUGAAAAGGAGGGAAGCGGAAGCAGCUGCCAGAGAGGCCCAACGUGUAAGAGAAAAUGAACGUCGAAUAGCAGAAAGCGCUAUGCGCCGCCGUGCUAGAGAUGCUGCUGCUGUAGCAGCACCCGAAACACCUAGUGAUAAGGGCAGACAUGAGAUUACAAGCCCUGAGAUGCAUUCACAGAAAUCUACCCCAAGGAAAUCAAUGGCCUUAGAGAGGACUCAGCAUAGUCAGAAAAGUGUGUCCAAAAGGUCGAGAAGUAGGCAGCAUGAUGUAAUACAGAAACCCUCUGCUUUACCGAGCCAACAAUCGUACACGCAAGUGGAUGAUCAUAGAAGAGCUCAUGCCCCUGUAGUCAUGAGAAAAAAGCCAUCUAACGAUGGAAGACACCCGGAUGCUCUUGGUGUACGGUCAUAUAAAGCAUCUUUAUCAAGAUCGUCCAAAAACGUAAUGGAAGACAGCCGAUCACAAAAGACAAGCUCCACUGACUCUGAAGGAAGGUCGGGACGUUUGCUUCCUCAAGCUGCUAGACACAAUCAGCAGGAUAGUUACUCAGAUAAGAGGUCACCCCAUCAUUAG